CGGGAAGCCUCUCUGGUUGCUUCUCAUAGGCGAGGAACAUUUUCACAGCUUCACGCUUUGGGAAGAAUGUUUCAGAAGUUUAAAGACUGGUUCUGGCUGGAGAAAUUCUGGCUUCCUCCGACAAUAAAGUGGUCAGAUCUUGAAGAUCAUGACGGGCUCGUCUUUGUUAAAGCUUCCCAUUUGUACAUGACGAUUCCAUAUGCCCUUCUCUUGAUGAUCGUCAGAUACUUCUUUGAAAAGUUCGUUGCCACACCUCUAGCAAAUGCAUUUGGCAUUCAAAAGGCAGUGCAUAAAAUUAAGCCAAAUGCCAUCUUAGAGAAUUUUUUCAAGCAUUCCACAAGUCAACCGUCACAUAAUGAUGUUUAUGGACUGGCAAAAAAGUGUAACUUGACAGAGCGCCAGGUUGAGAGAUGGUUUAGGAGUCGACGGAAUCAAGAAAGGCCUUGCAGGAUGAAGAAAUUCCGGGAAUCUUGCUGGCGGUUUACAUUUUACUUAAUGAUAACUGUGGCUGGAGUUGCAUUUCUUUAUGAUAAACCUUGGGCGUAUGACCUCUGGGAGGUUUGGCGUGACUAUCCCAAGCAGCCUCUGCUGCCGUCCCAGUACUGGUACUACAUUUUGGAGAUGAGUUUUUAUUGGUCACUGCUGUUUAGCCUCGGCUCUGAUAUCAAGAGAAAGGAUUUCCUUGCUCAUGUCAUCCACCACCUGGCUGCCAUUAGUCUGAUGAGCUUCUCCUGGUGUGCUAAUUACAUCCGCAGUGGGACCCUCGUGAUGCUUGUGCACGAUGUGUCUGACAUUUGGCUGGAGUCUGCUAAGAUGUUCUCCUAUGCUGGAUGGAAGCAGACCUGCAAUGCCCUCUUCCUCAUCUUCUCCGUUGUCUUCUUCAUCAGUCGAUUCAUCAUCUUCCCAUUCUGGAUUUUGUACUGCACCCUGAUUCUACCUCUGCACUACCUCGAACCCUUCUUCUCAUACAUCUUCCUCAACCUCCAGCUCAUGAUCCUGCAGGGCCUUCACCUCUACUGGGGCUACCUCAUAAUGAAGAUGCUCAAUCGAUGCAUAUUCAUGAAGAGCAUUCAGGAUGUGAGAAGUGAUAAUGAAGAAGAAGAGGAGGAGGAGGAAGAGGAAGAGGAAAAUGAGGAGGACACCAACAGCAAAGGGACAGAGUAUCUGAAGAAUGGCCUUGGGACCAACAGCCAUCUCAUUCCCAAUGGUCAGCACACCCGUUAACUUGAAGCUCUGGAACUCCAUGGCACAGUAUGCCGCCAGGACGUUGGAAGUCUGCUCUCCAGCCCACUGCUGUGAACACACAGUGGCCCGUUUUCCCUUCUUAUUUUAUUUUACUUUAUUUUGUUUUAUUUUAGAUGAAUUUCUUAUGUUGCCCAAGCUGGCCUCCAACUCAGUCAUCCUGCCUUGUGAUAAAAUGUUCAAAAGUGGAAUUCCCGUGGGUUUCAGAGCAGCUGGGCUCAGGUUGGCCAUGGAGUGCCGAGAUUUCUCCAGGCAGGUAUUUCCUCCUUACAGAAUCGGAGGCAGGGUUGACUCUCAAGAACUCGCUUUGUCUGAACUUUCUCACCUCACCUCACCCUUGUUCAGGGUGGUUUGACAAUUGCCCAGGAAACCCACUUUCUCCAGGUGUUUGGCCACAUAGCACCUCGUCUUCCAAAAGUGUGUCUGACGUGGCAAGAGGGCAGUUGCAGAACCACAGGAGAGGACAGGCUUCCGGGGCUCACGGGCCACCGUGGGGCCUAGGUGCUUCCCUCCCCAGGGCCUCUUCUCUCCACAGGGCCUCUGCUGGAUCUGCUCUACUACCUCACAGGGCUGGAGUAAGGAGCAAAAGAGACCAUAGAAGUGGGGUACCUGUGUCUCCUGCAGGUGUCGGUGGCCCUUAGUGCACUAUGAUCCCAGCUUUGACAAAAGAAAUAACCCUAGCUGAAGCUGGUGUGAAGAGUCAUUUAAAAAUGGCUCCUAGCGAAUAAGGUACGCAGAGAUAAAAAUGCCAGAAGUCUGUUUCCAUUUGGACUGAUAAUUGUGUUGCCCCCAGGAGUACUUAGAUGACCCCAGAGCCCUCCUGGCAGGGUCCUGGGGCCAAGGGAAGGGAGUGUUACUGGGAAACUGCCCUGUGCUGCCUGCCCUGAGCUUUUCCUCCAGCCUGAAGAAAUGCCAUGGGCUGUGACGGUUCCUUUGAAGCCUCUGAGGAGAGUGGGACCCAAGUGAGGUUGCUCACUGAGCCAUACCACUCUGGAAGCCACUUCCAGGGUGGCAGACAUGGAAGAUUCUUACUCUGAAGGAAUUCUUGGAAGAGUAUAAAGAGGAAGCCACAAUCUGACUGUUGAACAAUGAAGCAGCCAGCAUGCCACCAGGCACCCUCCAUAGCAAGAGUCCUGUCACACUGACUGGUCUGAGAGUUUCCGUUUUCAAUGUAAAAAUGGUGUGUUUUAAACUCUUUAGGCUAAGCAAAAACAAGCAGACCGACAGAAACUCUUCCGAAUUCUGUUCCCAUCAAAAUGUCUUGUUAAAGGAUUGUAGGAGAAACAGAAAAACAAAUCUCAAAUUAGUAUUUGUUUUUCUGAGCACACCACCA